AUGUCCACGGUCACAGUGCAGCUGGGUCAGUGCGGUAACCAGGUGGGUCACGAGCUGUUUGACAUCAUCUGCAGCGAUGCUCAGGAGGGACAGAGGAAGGUGUACACGACAGCCAGCUGUGAGCGCUUCUUUCACCAAACCACGGACGGAGACCUUAUAGCCAGGGCGGUGCUGAUUGACAUGGAGCCAAAAGUGAUCAACCAGAGUAUCAGCAGGGCUGCAAGAUCUGGCAGGUGGAGGUACGGAGAGACUGCACACUUCAGCCAGAAGCAGGGCUCUGGGAACAACUGGGCUAAUGG